GUGACCCGCCGCCCGGCCUAUAAAGGCGCGGCGCAGCCCGGCUUGGCACCCCAGUCGGUCGCCGCUUCCAGGAGCGCGCACGGUCCCUGCCUGCUCUGAGUGAGCCAGUGAGACGACAAGAGUCGGCGAUGGAGCGCACGCAGCCCGACAGCAUGCCCCAGGAUUUGUCAGAGGCUCUGAAGGAGGCCACCAAGGAGGUGCACACCCAGGCGGAGAAUGCCGAGUUCAUGAAGAACUUUCAGAAGGGCCAGGUGACUGCGGAGGGCUUUAAGUUGGUGAUGGCCUCGCUAUACCACAUCUACGUGGCCCUGGAGGAGGAGAUUGAGCACAACAAGGAGAACCCGGUCUAUACCCCGCUCUACUUCCCGGAGGAGCUGCAUCGCAAGGCCGCCCUGGAGCUGGACAUGGCCUUCUGGUAUGGGCCCCGUUGGCAGGAGACCAUCCCAUACACACCUGCCACGCAGCGCUACGUGAGAAGGCUGCAGCAGGUCGGGCGCACCGAGCCGGAGCUGCUGGUGGCCCACGCCUACACCCGCUACCUGGGCGACCUGUCCGGGGGCCAAGUCCUCAAGAAGAUUGCCCAGAAGGCCUUGGACCUGCCCACCUCUGGUGAGGGUGUGGCCUUCUUCACCUUCCCCCACAUCGCCAGUGCCACCAAGUUCAAGCAGCUCUACCGCUCCCGCAUGAACUCCUUGGAGAUGACCCCCGGAGUCAGGCAGAGGGUGGUGGAAGAGGCCAAGACCGCAUUCCUGCUGAAUAUUCAGCUCUUUGAGGAGUUGCAGGAGCUGCUGAAGCAGAGCGCCAAGGACCAGAGCCCCUCGCAGGCACCAGGGCUCCGCCAGCGGGCCGGCAGCAGGCCACAAGACUCUGCCCUCACAGAGCCUCCCAGUGGGAAGUCCCAGCUCCGCUGCAGCCUUUCCCAGGCUCCGCCCCUGCUGCGAUGGGUCCUGACUCUCAGCUUUCUGGUGGCCACGGUCGCUGUAGGACUCUAUGCCAUGUGAAUGCCAGCGUGCUGGCCGCGCGGGCCAGGAACUCCUUACUUUUCUGAGAACAAUUGGGAGGCUUCAGGGUCCCCAGCCCUGUCUCUGCAAAGGAGGAUGGCUUUGUCCCCUCCCCACAGCACAUGGGAUGGGGGCCCUCCUACCAGCUUGCAAAUCAAGUUCCUGCAGCAGAGCCAGAAGAGGGCAGGUAGCGCUGGCAGCUGCCCUCACUCUUCCA